GCCUUUGCGGGAACAAAAUGGCAGCCCCCACGCUGCGGGGUUUGCCUUGUUUAUCCAGAGCUUUAGGAUGGUGGUCUCGGCAGCCAGUCCUGGUGACUCAGUCCACGGUUGUAGUUCCAGUGAGAACUAAAAAGCGUUUCACACCUCCUACUUAUGAACGCAAAUACAAAUCAGAAAAGGAGUUUAUAGAACAUGCCCGGAAAGCAGGACUGGUCAUUCCUCCAGAACCUUUGGAGCGUCCCCUACACCUGGCCUGUACAGCUGGUAUCUUUGACGCCUAUGUUCCUCCAGAGGGUGAUGCUCGCUUGUCAUCUCUCUCGAAGGAAGGACUGGCACAGAAGAGUGAGCGGUUGAAGAAGGUGGUGGCAUCACAAUUGUCAGUCCGGAAGAUAAGAGAACAUGAUCCUAAUUUUAAAAUAAAGGACUUCCCUGAAAAAGCUAAGGAAAUUUUCAUUGAAGCCCACCUUUGUCUAAACAACUCAGACCAUGACCGGCUUCAUACCUUGGUAACUGAAAACUGUUUCCCGGACAUGGUCUGGGACAUCAAAUACAAGACCGUCCGCUGGAGCUUCGUAGAAUCUUUAGAGCCACCUCAGGUGGUCCAGGUUCGCUGUUCAAGUCUGAUGAACCCGGGCAACAUGUAUGGCCAGGUCACCGUCCGCAUGCACACCCGCCAGACGCUGGCCAUCUAUGACCGCUUCGGCCGGUUGAUGUAUGGACAGGAAGGUGUGCCCAGGGAUGUCCUAGAGUAUGUUGUGUUUGAAAAGCACCUGGCAAAUCCCUAUGGGAGCUGGAGAAUGCAUGGCAAGGUCAUCCCCCCAUGGGCACCCCCGAAGCAGCCCAUCCUUAAGACGGUGAUGAUCCCUGGGCCCCAGCUGAAACCCGGGGAAGACUAUGAGGAGCCACAAGGAGAGGCCCAUAAGCUUCAGCAACCCUGAUGACAAAAAUGACUCUUGAGGUGGAGCAUGGGGUGAUGGGGUGGCCAGAAGCUGCGGAGACUGGGAGCUUUGAAGUCAGUCAUCUUUCCAUCCUGCUGUAGGAAGAUCUACCUUUGCCCUCUCCUGUCCUGCUUGGGUGUUUUCAGCUGUCUCCUUGGCAACCACAGCUGAUGGCUUGGCCCAGGUAGGUGGCUGAGAUGCACAGCCACAAACCCACUUCUGUUUAAACUGUGUAUCCAGCUUCUGAGUCUCAACGAAAGUAUGUUUUGGAUACCUGUUUUUCUUGUGGCAGAGACUGUCAGGAAUAGACUGGCAGAAUUUUCUUUUUAAUUACAAGGCAGGGAUCAGAGUCUGAAAUAAAACACUGUCAGUGUGUUGGACAAUC